AUGGCACCGCACUUUACCAUCGCACCCGCAGACCCGUACCCUUCCCCUGGAGGACCAGGAUCAGAGACCUCGCCAGGAAUCUACUACCCCAGCACCACCGCCUCCGUUCAAGCAGAUCUGGGUAUCUCCAAGUCGCUCAAAUUGGAUUACGAUACUGGGUUUCAGGACUGGUCAUCCAACCCUCGUCAUACCUCGGUCUGA